CGAUAUUGUGGAUUACAUAACAGUGAAAAAUCGUUGAAACGAGAGCGAAAAAAUUUCAUUGAAUCGGAACAUUUUUGGUGGUACAUUUUCCAAAUUUAUUUAUUGAAUAACGCAAAUAGGACCGUGGCGUCAUCGGAAGGUCCUAGUGGUGGUGAAUCCGCCCUGUUUUCGAAAUUAGGUGGUGCCUUUUUCGGUGGUCCUAAUUCACCCCAAAAGGUUAUUGCCAACGUACGCGGAAUACUCGCCAAUCGUUUGACUGGAGCUAUCCCAGAUACAGGAUGGAUGCAAUCGAUUCAGAAAAAAUGGUUGUCAACAGCGGGGGCUACCGACGAGCAUGGAUUUCCAGAAGAUCUGCCAAAGGUACCGGUACCGCCUUUAGAACAGACAAUGACUGAAUAUCUUCGUGCUCUUGAACCAGUUUUAACGCAACAGCAACAUGACAAAACGAAAAUGAUUGUAAAGAAUUUCAUUAGCGGCCUGGGACCGAUUCUUCACGAGUAUUUGCAAGAGAAAAGGGAGAACGAAGACAAUUGGGCAUAUAACUACUGGCUUAAUGACAUGUACAUGGAUGUUCGCAUUCCACUGCCAAUAAACUCCAAUCCAGGUAUGGUUCUACCACCCAGAAAAUUCACCACAGUUCAUGAUGUAGCACGAUUCGCUGCUCAGGUUAUCGACGGAAUUAUGAAGCAUAAGGAAAACAUUGAUAGCGGAAAACUGCAAAAGGAACGUUGUGCAUCUAGGGAAAAGGGUCAACCAUUAUGUAUGGCUCAAUACUACCGACUUCUGGGAUCUUGCAGACGCCCAGGCGAUCCAAAAGACAGUCAAUAUCUUCCAGAGCCGAGAAGUGAUCAACAUGUAAUUGUUUGUUGCCGAAAUCAGAUGUACUGUGUCCCUGUUAAAGCUGCAGAUCGUGGUCAACUCACCGAAGACGAAAUAGCGUCUCAGCUGUUAUACCUCCUGUCCGAUGCACCGUGUCUUCCAUCGAAACCAGCGCCAGUUGGUCUACUUACCGCCGAACCACGAAGUUUGUGGGCCAGAGAUCGUCAAGUGCUACUUCAGGAAGAACCGAAUCGUCGGAUUAUCGAACUUAUCGAACAAGCUUUAUGCUUAGUUUGCUUGGACGAAUCGUUACCGACGACAUUCAACGCAAAUGGGUUUAUUGGUGCUACUGCGGCUGGACAUGUUUCUAGUGGUCGUGACGAAAGUAAUAUGGCACAUCAAAUGAUCCAUGGCGGUGGAAGUGAGUGUAACUCAGCCAAUAGAUGGUUCGAUAAAACGAUGCAGAUAAUCAUCUGUAAUGAUGGCACUUGGGGAUUGUGCUAUGAACAUUCAACAUCGGAAGGCAUUGCUGUAGUUUUACUGCUGGAACAAAUAUUGCAUAACAUCGACAAUAUGGCACCACGUGAGGACGGUGUACCUUUGCAACAUCUACCACCGCCAGAACGGUUGGAAUGGGUUAUAUCACCGGAAAUAACAAAACGCUUGGCCGAAGCAGCAGUGAGCUUUGAUAAGCGUAUCGAAGAUUUAGACUUUUAUGUUUACCGCUACAAGAACUACGGUAAGAAUUUCAUCAAAAGUUGUCAAGUCAGUCCAGACGUUUACAUUCAAUUGGCCUUGCAAUUGGCAUAUUUCAAGUUGUAUGGACAUGUGGUAACGACUUACGAGAGUGCAUCGACCCGACGAUUCCUGUUGGGUCGUGUUGACUGCAUUCGGUCGGCUAGUACAGAAGCCUUAGAAUGGGCUAAGGCAAUGUGUCAGGGUGAGGGAGCCAAUGUUAACUUGGAAAGUGACAAAGAAGAUGAAGUAGACGGGAGAAAGGUCAAAUUUAAUAUUUACAGCCGUGAAAAUCUUCAAGAACUGUUUCGUUGCGCUGCUGCUCGUCAAACUGAAAUUAUGGUUCAGAAUAUCUUAGGCCAUGGACUCGAUAUACCCUUGCUAGGUCUGCGUGAAGCGUGCAAAGACAAAGGUGAACCGAUGCACGAGUUGUUCACCGACGAAAGCUAUAAAAUCAGUCAAUGUUUCUUAUUGUCAACGAGCCAGGUCGCCUGUUCCACCGACAGUUUUAUGGGUUAUGGCCCAGUAACACCAAAAGGUUACGGAUGUUCAUACAAUCCAAAACCGAACGAAAUUGUCUUUUGCGUUUCGGCAUUUUAUUCGGCCCAUCAUACGAGUGCGUCAAGGUAUGCAAAAUCACUACAGGAUGCAUUGGAUGCGAUGAAAGGUUUAUUAAGUGAGGACACGUAAGUAACCAAAUAAAAAACGAAAUCGGAACCAUUGCAGAGUAUUAUGCCACAAUUGAUUUAGUGUUUAAAUUGUGUAGAAAAAUUGAGACAACAAAAGUAAGCUUUCAGAGUAGAUGUCGUUAAAGAAACGUAGAUUGAAUUUAGUAGAAUUUAAAUUAAUCAAAGAUCAAUUUUGGGACAUAAAGCCAUUUUUGGCGGGUUUUAUCGAUUUAUUUUGAAACUGGUAAUCACAUAUCAAUUUUUUGAAAGAGAUUUAACUUUAGACAUCGUACCUUGUCCGCCCUUUAAAAGCAGUUAUACUAACGCUUUACAGUCGUUUCUUUCAAUUAAUUAUCCGACCUCAUCUACCAACCUGCAGGACCAGCUGUUGAAAAGCAAUAUCAUCAUUAACUGUUACACAGGAAUUUGUUGAGUCUAUGAUUAUUCUUUGAAUAUUUUUCGAAUUAACAUAGGUCUCACACCGAAAUUUGUCAGUUAAUUUGACUGAUUUUGAGGCGCUAAAUUGACAAAUCGAUAUUGAUCUUGCUUGAUACAGUUCAUUCGAUCGACGAUGUGACUCAAUGGUUGGAUACAAACGGGAUUUUUUUUUGACAAUUGUUGACUUCGGGAAACUGUCAGUUCCAAUGUGUUAAACUUAUUACGUUGGCUACGAGCCCCCAAGCAGAUUACGAGCGCUGAUACACAUGUUCGCUAGUAAGUGAUAAAAUCAGGGGCUCGUAACAAAAAAAAAGAAGGGUCUCGUAACUGCCCUGUUUACUCUAACAAAACAAAAGUUGAGAAAAUCGAUUCACUCGUUUGUCUAAUUUUUGGAAGGCAGUUCUGUCGAUUUUAAUAAGGUCGUUGGUUAGGUAGAUUAUUAUUGUCAAUAACUCAACCUACACACUGGGAGGUAAGUUUUUAGUUAUACAUAAAAAAGAAAAAAAGUCUCUCAAAAAAUUAGCACAUUGUUACGAUUUGUGCAAGUAUUACUGUUUUGCACAUGUAAAAUGUUGCAUUUUUGUUUCUACUUCAUUUCUUUGAUUCUUCUCUUUUACCAUUUGAAAUAACAUUGUAAAAGAGAGUACUCAGAGAAACGAAGUUUGACAGUAAUAAUGACAUUUUAUUGUUCUUCGAUUGGUUUUUUUUCCUGUCGGCGAAAUUUUUUUUGAAUCGGGGUCGUCAUUUUUGUUUCCGGACGUUUAUGUUGCUAUCGAUAGGGAAUUUCAAGGUGAUCAUUUCGUAGAAGAAGUUUUUUUUUUAACUACCUCUCCGACUCGGGACGACUCUAAGAAAAUUUGAAAUUUUAAAAUCAUGCCUUUUUCAGAAAACGUUUCCCCGAAAUCGAAUGACCCGAUCGGUUUUGAUCUAAUGGUAGUUUAUAGAGAUUUGACAGGCGAUUCUAAUAAAAGUAUCGUCGGGUCGAAAGGUUGUAGCUGUGAGUCAGGGUGUGGCAUCGAAGUCCAAUUUUAUGGUUUUUUUAAUGAGCGCCCCAACCGAUUUUUCAUUUUAUUGGCUUAAAAUGAAGGCUAGCACAUCCCAUUUGACAUACCAAAAAAUUUGGAGGGGGUUUUUCAAUUGUUUUUUUUUUAAUCUUAAACAACUUUCUUGUGGGGGUGCCCAGAUUACUGAGAUUUUUUAAUGGAAAUGUAUGGAAAGAAAUGAAAGUAGAUAAGUAGGUAUGGCCAGUCCAUACAAGU